GGUCAAAUUGUCUUCCCUUUGUUUCUCAUUUUGCCGGACAGUGGUGAUGGAUGAAAGCAGUGCAGAAUGCGAGACCGUUUUUGUGGUAGAGUAUUGUGAAAGUGAAAUGUUUGUGGUUAGCAAUGCUAUGACUCACAGAGAACACGUUGGCUGUGAUGUGUUUUGCUCCUCUUACUGGAAAAAAGAUGUCAAGUUUUGAUUACUGACUGUGGAAGCCAGUGAUUUUUAUUUGCAGCCGAACAUGCCAGCCAGAGUGGACACAGCCAAUAAGAGGCGAUUGUUUGAACAGGUCUGCCUUGCAUCUGUCAAACGUGACUCCCGGGCAGUUAUGUAGCAUUUGAGAUUGUUCCCUCUGCCACCGGCAGCGGCUUGUAUCAAGUCUUUUCUGUCAGAAAGACUGGAUCUCAAACCACUGCUUUCACCUCAUUAUGGUCAGAGGUGUGGCAAAUGUCAGAGGUACUCCUGUAAUUAUAUUGCCGGAUUGUGAUGCUGGGAAUUCUCUGUUGAUUCCUGAUGGAGCUGGAUGCAACUCUCGAUUCUGUUGUGAUUCAAACUCAAAUCAAAUCAUUCGAAACAUUUGCUCAACCUGUCCUGAAAGAACAUUAUCAAAAUCUUUAGGACUAUUAUUAGCAGUGACUGAAAAUUAAUAUGUCUUCUUUUAUUCACUAAUUAUUAGUUAUAAUUUAAAAAAAGGACCGAUGUGUCCACUUUUCAUUCUUUACAUCGUUCUGAAAACCAGUGUCCAUGACUGGGAGAAUAUCUUCUCACAGAUAUUCGGUGAGAUCUCCUCCCUUUCCGCAAGAAAGUUCCGCUGGUCAUGCCAACCAUUUCUGAGGUUCUCUGUACUUUUCCUUCCUCUCCCUGAAACAACGGGAUUUUCCAGGAAAUGUCAGAUCAGGAGGGUGUGAUUCCCUGCUGCUGGUUGUCGCUUUUACCAGUAAACAGCAUGACUCACUGCUCAGCUAUGCUCUCCAUUUCCUUCACAUAAUAUCCCACCAAAUGUGCUGCGCUGGAGAAAGAGCAGAGUGCUGCGCGCCUCAGUCUGUGAAGAAAUCUCUCCACCCCCCACCCCUUAGAAAAGUGCAAGAAAUGCAAGCGCUUUCUCGUGAAGACUAAAGUUGAAUGUCAAGGGCAGCAUUAAGUCUGCUUUGCGCCGAACCCCCUCCCCAACCUACACAAAAAGAGAAGAAAAACAAAGAAUCCAGACAAGCCAGCUCUGCAUUUAUUAGUGAAGUGUGAGCGCAUAAGUCUUUGAUACGCUGUUUAUUUUAGGGGAAGGCUGGGCCCCACAGUUACCUGCUGUAACUGAACAGCAGCCAUGAACUUGACCCGAUCCCUGACUUCAAAAACAGUAAGCUAUACUUUAACCACGAGGUAUCGGUGAAGGAAAGGUACAUACAUUUAUUUAACUGGCUCGGUCUCAGAUGUGGAGCAAGGUUAUAAUGGAUUUCUUGUCCCACAAUUGUUUGCCUAGAGAUGAUUUUUUUUUUUUUAAAUCACUGUUUUCUUGCUUCUGCUCUGGUUUACUUGCUUUUGAACUAGUUAAAAAUAUUCAUGACAUGCAUCUGUACAUCUUCAAAGAACACAGCGGGAAACAUUGUGCUUUUUGCUCAAAUCCCUCAGCAAACAAGCAGAGCCGUGAAAUGUUUGUGCUUAUAGUGGAUAGACAGUGGAGCAUUUACUCCAGUGAGCACUUAUUUGCUUAUCAGUCGUCAGAGGGGUGUCGUUAGGAAUAAAACAGUAUUGCUUGUUGUAUAUCAAAAUAAGGGAAAAUGAAUUUAAAAAAAAAAAAAUGAAGCACUUGUUUACAAUUUAUCCCUUAAAGAAACACAACAAUAAGAAAGAAAGACUCCUGACUUCCACACGUAAGCAUGCGCAGGCUGUUUUCCAUUUAUUUGGCCAAGUGACAGAUGUGCAAUACUUCAAAAUUCCAGACAUUUUGUGAAAUUUGCAGCCAUUGUUUUACAAGUGGGUUUGUCUCCACUCCACCCCCGUAGCUGAGCGCAUUGCAGGAUAUAUUCAGACUGCAUGUUCCCUCUUCAGCGAAGGUUUGCCUGUGUGCAUGUGAGGGUUUGCACAUGUGUGUUCGCUCAGGAAUGUGGUUUUGUUCUUUACCCGCCAACUGUGGCUUUCCUUUGAGGUAUUUUCCCAGACUCCUUUCCUCACUGUUAUGAAGAAAAAAAAAAGCCUAACUGUCUUCUGUGAGAUUCUGGUCAUUUGUCUUCAUGCAGGGAAUGACGACUACUUUUAAGACGAGCAAAGCUUUAAAGGUCAAGAAGGAGGUGGGUGAGAAUGCCCCUGUGCUCAGCGAUGAUGAGUUGGUUGCCAUGUCUGUGCGGGAGCUCAAUCAGCACCUGCGUGGGCUCACCAAGGAGGAUGUUGUGCGAUUGAAGCAGCGACGGCGGACCCUGAAAAACCGCGGCUAUGCCGCGAGCUGCCGCAUCAAACGUGUUACGCAAAAGGAGGAGCUGGAGAGACAAAAGACCGAGCUGCAGCAGGAGGUGGACAAGCUGGCACGUGAGAAUGCCAGCAUGAGAUUGGAGUUGGAUGCACUGCGAGCCAAGUAUGAGGCUUUGCAGUGUUUCGCCCGGACUGUGACCAGAGGGCCUCUCUCACCAGGCAAAGUUGCACCUACCAGCGUCAUCACCAUCGUCAAAUCUACCAGCCAAAACAACUCCAGCCCAUCCGCUUUCUCAACACCUUCCUAGUGUUGACAGGACUGGGCUCUCCUUUGCCUGCCUGGUCCUUCCUAUUUCUGACCUGGUCUAAACCCACUCAUCCCACACUGAGACGAGGCUCGGUAGUUAGACUGAGGGGUGGCCGGGGUGGCAAGCUCUACGUGAUGUUAGGCUGCAUUCACAAUUCUGUCUCCCUCUAUUUGUCUCUUUUACACAAUCUACAUUGUCUGUGCACUGUGCAAACCCCCUUCCUGACAACCAGCACCGGCAGGUUAUCGGGCCUCUGUGACCCUACCUCCAUGACUAAUAGCAGAGAUUUGCUUUUACUCAAAUUUCAAGUAUUUGACACGCCUUAAUGUGGCAGCACAUGGUCUGGGACACCUCUCAUACUUUAUGAUGUAAAGAAUAAAUUACGAGAGGUUUAAAGUAACGCAUAUGAGACAGUAUGGAUACUUUUAAAGUCUUUGCCAAAUCACAUUUUUUUUGUAUAAAUAUUAAUGAGCCUCUGUGUCUGUUGCCUUGAACGGUUCUACAUGUGAUCUAUGCAAUAUCUCACAUGUAUUUUAACACAGAGGUGAUAUCUUUCCACUGUGAGGUCAAAUAGACACUUCUUCAAGGCCACAGUUAUCAGAUGCCUUUGAAAGCUAGCCAAACGCGGCACCGGAAACUUAUAUGCUUAGCACUUUUAGGAGGUGCUAAGCAGUAAAGUCACUUGACUAAGUGUUUGAGUAACAUGCAUGAAAUCUUAUGUAGAAAUGGUUCUGAGGGAUCUUUGCGUUAUACUGUUGACAACUGACCAAUGUUUAGCUAAAAAGCUAUACUAGUCUUUUAACCAUGAUACCUAUAUAAGUAACUUAUUUAGAAAGCAAUACCAGUACAGUUUGAAUGAACCAGUAAAGUUGUUCAUAUACAGCUGAAAGUGAUCUAAUCUGGCAGUUUUGAAGAAACACCUUAAAUUAAUAUUCGGAAAGAGUUAAAAUGACCCAUUACGAUAGAAUUUGUCUUUGUUGGACUGGACUGUUUCCUUGUACAAUAUUCUAAAAAGUGCCAUUUGUGCCUUCAUUCCUCCCACUGGCAACUGAGAAAAGACAUGUCUGAGUACCGUCAGAUUUCAGAAGGGGUUCCGAUCUCUCUUGUCAACUACAUUCUAGUUGACAGAUAGCUGAAAAGUACUGUUAUGUUGUCAAAGACAGUGUAGGCAGUUGGAGCUGUUGCAUGUGAUUGCAUUUGUGUGUGGCCCCUUGACUCAGAAGUUUCUUCAUAUAUAUUGUAGAAAAUCUUUAAAUUCUGUUUAAAUGGUAAACUUGGUUAGACUAAAUUGCAAAACUGGAAAGUGAUUAAGGAACAUGCGUUUGACAAUGGUGUCUUUCAUCAAAUAGCACUUAGAGAAGACUGUUAAGAUACAGUGAGUAGAAAAAAAAAAUCACAGGGCCACUUGUUUAAAGAAGGAAGUUACGCUUGCAUUUCUGCAGUUACUAGUGCUUAACUAAGUGAAAACACAAUGUGGUCGAACCACUUACAGGAAAGUUGUGCCAAAUGUAACUAAUGAUAGUGAACUACUACUAUCUGCUGAGGCACUUACUGAGUGGUGUUUAAUCUCCUUUCUUUGUAUGCAACUCUUGGUAGGUAAUCCAUAUUGGAUAUAAUAAUAAGAGCAGACCUUUUAAGUAUGAUGCAAUUCAAGUUGCUUACUGUAUAUUACAGACUAGAGACGGCAAAGCUCCCACUGCUUCUGUUGUCCCUUAGAUUGAGAACUCCGUCCAAAUAGAAAUCAUUCCUUAUACUGGGUCACAAGAAGUGCUGCUGCCGGUGUUGGUAUUUCCGAAACAGUAACCAGCUACUUUUCUUUUGACACGCUCUUCUACAAGAGAACUCCUGACGCCCGUUUCUAGAAACUGUGGUGUCAAGAUAACUAAAUGCAGUAAAGGCCUUGCUCUCAUUGUACAUUUUGUAAUAUUUAAAUAUGAAAUUCACUUGAAAUCGAGCUGUUCUUACCGAGAAUCCAUUCCCAAUUUGGAGUGAAGUCAAUAGAUUGUUCGUGUCAGGAUUUUCUCUUGGCUAAGAGGA